CACAGUGAAAGAAACUCAAAACUAAAAAAAACUUCGUACCAAGUUCUUCCUCUCUCUCUCUCUCUCUCUCUACUCUCUCUCCUUCACCGGCGAACAAAACCCCUUAAUCGUCACCGCGGCAUCGCCGAUUUGCUCUACUUAUCGGCGUUUCAGUUCGGCUCUUUGGUGUUCGCACGAUGUCGUUGAGGCCGAACGAGAGGGCUGAGGUUCGGCGGAACCGGUACAAGGUUGCGGUGGAUGCAGAUGAAGGUCGGAGAAGAAGGGAGGACAAUAUGGUCGAGAUUCGGAAGAAUCGGAGAGAGGAGAGCUUGCAGAAGAAGAGGCGCGAGGGUCUUCAAGCCCAGCAACUGCAGACUUCCACUCACUCCUCGGUACUGGAAAAGAAGUUAGAACAUCUACCAUCCAUGGUUGCGGGUGUUUGGUCUGAUGAUGGUAAUCAGCAACUAGAAGCAACUACUCAGUUUAGGAAACUGCUUUCAAUUGAGCGUAGUCCCCCAAUUGAAGAAGUUAUACAGUCAGGAGUUGUUCCUCGUUUUGUCGAAUUUCUCAUGAGAGAGGAUUUUCCACAGCUUCAGUUUGAAGCUGCUUGGGCUCUUACGAAUAUUGCUUCGGGAACAUCAGAAAACACUAAGGUUGUCAUCGAUCAUGGUGCUGUGCCAAUAUUUGUGAAACUUCUUGCUUCACCAAGUGAUGAUGUUCGGGAGCAGGCUGUUUGGGCAUUAGGAAAUGUUGCUGGGGAUUCUUCAAGAUGUCGUGAUUUGGUUCUUGGUCAUGGAGCAUUACUGCCUUUACUAGCACAGUUGAAUGAGCAAGCUAAGCUCUCUAUGCUGAGAAAUGCUACAUGGACACUAUCAAAUUUUUGCAGGGGCAAGCCACAGCCCGCUUUUGAUCUGGUCAAGCCAGCACUUCCUGCUCUUGCACGUCUGAUACAUUCAAACGAUGAGGAAGUAUUGACUGAUGCUUGCUGGGCACUAUCAUACCUUUCUGAUGGUACAAACGACAAAAUUCAAGCUGUUAUUGAAGCAGGUGUUUGCCCUCGGCUCGUUGAGCUCUUAAUGCAUCCUGCUCCUUCAGUGCUCAUUCCAGCCCUUCGAACUGUUGGAAACAUUGUUACAGGCGAUGAUUUGCAAACUCAGGUUAUCAUCCAUCACAAUGCCCUACCUUGUCUGCUAAAUUUAUUGACUAAUAAUCAUAAGAAGAGCAUCAAGAAAGAGGCCUGCUGGACUAUAUCCAAUAUAACAGCUGGGAACAAGGCACAGAUUCAGUCUGUGAUAGAGGCCAAUAUAGUUGCUCCCCUUGUUCACCUGCUUCAAAAUGCUGAAUUCGAUAUUAAGAAAGAGGCUGCAUGGGCAAUUUCAAAUGCCACAUCUGGAGGUUCUCAUGAACAGAUUAAGUACCUAGUAAGUCAAGGGUGUAUCAAACCUCUGUGCGAUCUUCUAAUUUGCCCAGAUCCUAGGAUCGUCACAGUUUGUCUGGAAGGACUUGAGAAUAUCUUGAAGGUAGGAGAAGCUGAAAAGAACCUGAACAAUACAGUAGAUGUAAAUCCCUAUGCCCAAAUGAUAGAUGAUGCUGAGGGGCUAGAGAAAAUCGAGAACCUCCAGAGUCAUGACAAUACUGAAAUUUAUGAGAAGGCAGUGAAGAUCCUCGAGACUUACUGGUUGGAAGAUGAAGAUGAGACUAUGCCACCGGGUACCGCCUCCCAAGCUGGAUUCAAUUUUGGUGAUCGGCCUGCCGUACCAUCUGGGGGAUUCAACUUUGGCUAAGAAGGUUGCCCAGCUGGUUAUUUUGAUGACAUCUCCAGUCAACGAGUCGGGUCGGGUCAGGCGUGUAUGUUGUUGUUUGGCUAUGCUUAUCCCAGUCUCAGUUGUUAUUUAGUGUUGCUGGACUGGCUCGGACGUUUUUUUACAUGAGUUGGGGAUUGACUGGUGAUGAGACGGUGGAAUAUAUAUUAUAUCAAUUGGUAAUAUAGUUUCCACAGAUCUGAGAAAUCGGAGUGAUUUCGUUUGGCGAACUGUGAUUUGUUAUUGUUUUUCUUAGUUAUCAACUUGUCAUAAACAUGGAGUCUAAGCAUUGUUUUUUCACACUAUUACACUCUUAUCAUUUUUUGUUCAUAGUUUUCCAGCCAAGAGUGAUUUUUUAGAUUUAUAUACCGGAUACCAUUUUGGCUACCUGGCAUCUUUAUGUUGUUAUGUUCAAACAACAUAGGGAAGAAAGUUUUGGUACUA